AUGGAGCACAAGGAGUCGCGUCUGGUGGCGAGAAAGUGGGGUGACAGCGUGGCGUGGGAGCAUGCGCUCGUGGAGAAGCGCCGCCACCCGCAGCAGGACGUCGGCUUCGGACUCUACGCCGCCUCUGCCUCCGGUGACGACUCCGGAGUCGUCAUCCCCGCCGGGGAGGUGGUCUACCGAGUCGUCGCCCGCUCGCACGCCAUCGCGAACGGCAAGGCCGCCUCCCGGGGCAGCCUCCAGAUGGGCUCCGACGUCCACGUCAACAGCGAGGGCUGGACCUGGGCCUUUCUCAACCACUCGUGCGCGCCCAACGUGCGGCUACUCUCAGUCACCACGGCCCGUGACUCCGACGACGGCGCGGCCACGGAGGUCGACUUCACGCUGGUGGCGCUCAAGAAUAUCGGUGCGGACGAGGAGCUCACCUUCAACUACCUGUCGACGGAGGAGGCCAUGGCCGCCCCGUUCGCUUGUGCUUGCGGCUCCGCGGCGUGCUUCCGCACAAUUCGCGGACUUGCGCACGCGGACACUUCCGAUGAGGCACGCCUGCGCGAUCUGGAGUGCGUGGUGGCUCCGCACUUGGCCAACUUGCUUGAGGCCAAGGUCCAGCAGGCUAGCGCAAAGAGCGUCAACUUGUAA